AAGUUCCUCCUCAAUUUUGAGACAAUUAUUAAGAUUUAGAUGAGCAAUAUUUUAUUUCUGUUGCAGAUCAUCAACAUAAUCUAAGUCAACAAUUUAUUAUUAUUUUCUUGUGAUACAUUUUAUUGUGAGUUUGGAUUGGUGUUGAUACAAGGUUAAUGCGAUGGUGAUGUCAUUGUUGUUGUGUUGUAUUGGUUUUGAAAGUUACAGUAACGUGACAAGGAAGAGUGUCUGUUGAUUUGGUCAUAUUAAAAAGGUUCGACGUUGGUUAGUAAAACAAAGGGUGCAAUUUUAUAAAUUCCGUUCAUUCUGCAGCAACCUAGUAUCCCAUUUUUGUGAUGAUUAAGGUGAUGGCCAAACAUCAUGAACUCAAACCAAUCUACGCCGCUCAUCUCGACAAAUGUUGUUCCUCAAAAAACACAAACAACCUCAAAAUAAUCCACGCUCGCACCAUCGUUUUGGGCAUUUCACACCACGAUUUCAUUCGAACCAAACUCGUAUCUUGUUAUGCUUCAUGUUCCCAAUUGCACCAAGCUAAUAUCCUCUUUUCAUUCACGAAUCGCCAACCCGUUUUCCUCUUUAACUCUCUCAUCAGAGCCUAUUCAUCUCUUAACAUGUUCUCUCAUUCUCUCUCCCUUUUUCGAAGAAUGGUUUUUUCUAAUAAGCCAUUUGAUCGUCACACUUUGCCUCUUGUGUUGAAAUCUUGCGCUGGGCUAUCGGCUUUAAGGCUGGGGCGACAGGUUCAUGGAGCUGUUUUGGUUAAUGGGUUUGGGUUGGAUUUGAAAAAUUCGAAUGCUUUGAUACAUAUGUAUUGUAAGUGUGGACAUUUGGAUUUUGCACGCAAAGUGUUUGACGGAAUGUGGAAGAGAAAUGUGAUUACUUGGUCGACGAUGAUGGCGGGGUAUGGAAUGCAUGGUAGGUUUGAAGAGGUUUUUGAGAUGUUUUAUAGAAUGGUGGAAGUUGGAGAGAGGCCGGAUGGUGUUACUUUUACUGUAGUUUUGACUGCAUGUAGUCAUGGCGGUUUUGUAGAGAAGGGGAGGGAAAUAUUUGAGAUGAUGAAAGUGGGGUUUGGGGUGAAACCUGAGGUGAGACAUUAUACAUGUAUGGUGGAUAUGUUGGGGAGGGUUGGUUUAGUGGAAGAAGCAGAGAAGUUGAUUUUGAGAAUGGAUGUUGAACCUGAUGAAGCUUUGUGGGGUGCCCUGUUGGCGGCAUGUAAAACUCAUGGGAAGGUUGAUGUGGCUGAGAGAAUUGCAGAGAGGGUUUAUGGUACAGAACUUAGUGUUGUUGCAUCCUCAAAUUAA